CCCAACCAGAGUCCAGACUCUAGAGUAGUGGGCGGGCGGUACCAUGCAGCGUCACCUCGGUCGUUAGUACCACCCGACCACCCACCGGGGCGCCGCCCCCAUAAAUCAGCAGCAUCAUUGCCCGCCUCCACCGCCGCCGCCCUCCCGCCCCUAUUCCCCCCGUCGAUCGACCCCUUCGUGAACAGGGAGCGCGGAUGGGCAACUGCCAGGCGGCGGAGGAGGCGACGGUGGUGGUGCAGCACCCGGGCGGGCGGGUGGAGCGGCUCUACUGGGCCACCAGCGCCGCCGAGGUCAUGCGCGCCAACCCGGGCCACUACGUCGCGCUCGUCACCCUCCGCGUCACCGAGGGGGACGGCCAGCAGCAGCGGCGCGGCGCGGUGCGGCUGACGCGGGUGAAGCUGCUCAAGCCCCGCGACACGCUGCAGCUCGGCCACGCCUACCGCCUCAUCGCCGUCGACGAGGUCACCAGGGCCGUGCAGGCCAGGAAGGAGGAGAAGACCAGGAGGGCUCAGCGGCAGCGGCAGCAGGCCGGCGGGGGGCCGGCCUCCGCCGGCGAUGACCAGUCCCUGAUGGACGACGGUCUCGAUCAGUUGGAGCAGCAGGACAGGGACGGCCACCCGAGCAGCUCGACGAAAGGCUCGAGGCAUCGCCAGUGGCGCCCGUCUCUGCACAGCAUCGCCGAAGUCAGCAGCUGAUGCGGCCGACGCAUGGCCUGUAUUUUAGAGUUCAAGUUCAUCUCAUCAGAUGGUUGCUAGAUUCAAGCUCAACACCGGAAGAUGAGCGUCUGCAAAUUACCGGUUUUAACUCAUCUUUUUAGUGAGAUUAAGGUUGGUGCCUCCGCAUCUCAGUGUUGGGACAAAGAGGAAGUUUGAACUAGCAGUGUGGUGUUCGGUGUAGUAGUAGUAUAUUAUUCAGUUAUGAUGCAAAGUACGUAUCUUUGCAGGUGGGUUUUGAGGAUCUUGCUGUUGCUGUGUACUAUACUGUAUUGUUGUCGUUGUUGGUGCCUAAUUCGCAAUCAUAGGCUCGCUGCAUAUUUGCAAUCAUAAGGUUACUGCAAUGAUAUAUAUAAUCAGAGCUGGCUGGAAUCCACA